AUCCCCACCUCAUGGUGUUUCCUUCCCCAGGUCUCCUGCAGCCCCCGGAGGUGUCGGUGAUCUCCUGGCCCCAGUCAGUGAUGGCGGGGAGGGCUGUGACCCUGAGGUGCCGCGUGGCAGGGCAUUUCCCCGCGGAGCUGAGGGUGACCUGGCUGCGCAGGGACAGAGGAGCGGCUCGUGCUGCGCCCCUGCAAGACUCGGCCGAGCACCGGCUCCUCCCUGGCCGGCCCACUCCAGCCGCGGACGGGAAGAGCUUCGUGCAGGAGGCCGGACUCGUCUUCACCCCCUUGAUGCGCAGGGACCACGGGGCCGAGUACACCUGCCGUGUGGAGCACGUGGCCCUGCGGACCCCCGUCGAACAACGCAGCGGGGAGCUGCAGGUGACAGGGGGAGCAGCACAGGACCAGCGUGGCGGGGACGACGGGGACUGAAACUGUGUCAAAAGCUUGUCGUGAACCGAAUCAGCAGUGGUUUGAAUCACACAUCCUCUCUGGCACGUGGAUGGUCAGUGUGCUGGCUACAGGAGUCGUCGUCUUCAGAGAUUUUUGCCAUCACUUGUCUGAUUACCUUCAGGGGAAGCAAGUCAAAUCCUGCAAGCUCCGCUUCCUUUUCUUUCGGGGAAGAGGUGCUGGCGGCGGCAGGGAGAAUAUCAGAGAAAAGCCUGCUGAUUAUAUCUUCCGAAUAUGUGAGCCAGACCUCCGGAGUAGAUGGUGUGGGACUUUGGCACUGGGAGGUGCUUGUGGUAGCAUCCGCGAAAAGCUUCUCAUCCAUUUCCCAGGCU